AUGUCUGGUCCGGGGCAAAAAACGUUCAAGAUCCUGUGCCGCGCCGACGAGGGGUACUGCGUCACCGUCCGCGGUGGCGAUGAUGGCGAUGCCGCCGUCGUCAUGGCGGCAGCAGACCCCGACGACGAGUACCAGCACUGGUACAAGGACAUGAGGCGCAGCACGAGGGUGAAGGACGAGGAGGGGUACCCGGCGUUCGCGCUCGUCAACAAGGCCACCGGGCUCGCCAUCAAGCACUCGCUCGGCCAGUCCCAUCCCGUCGAUCUGGUGCCGUACGAGUACGACCCAGCGGUAAUGGACCUGUCAGUGCUGUGGACGCAGAGCAGGGACGUGGGCGACGGCUUCCGCUGCAUCCGCAUGGUCAGCAACAUCUACCUCAACUUCGACGCCUUCGAGGGCGAGCCGGAGGUUCGGGACGGCACCGUCGUCGGGCUGUGGGAGUGGAACGAGGGGGGGAACCAGUGCUGGAAGAUCCUGCCGUGGGGCACCCAGGCGGAAGCCGACGGCGACGACGACCAGUACGGCGGGUACCACGGCGGCCAGGACCAGGAGACUACGCGUUUCAGCUACGGCGGAGACGAUGCGGCGCCGCAGGACCAAGGACAGGGGUGCGACGGUGGCCUGCCUCCUGCGCUGUCUUCCGAGUGCACGGUACGCAUGUUCUGCAGCGCCGGCGGAGAGGAGUACAGCGUCGCCGCGAGGGACGGUACCGUGUGCCUGGUUCCUACUGACCCCGGCGACGACUUGCAGCACUGGGUGAAGGUCAUGCGGCGCAGCACCAGCAUCAAGGAUGAGGAUGGGUACCCUGCGUUCGCCCUGGUGAACAAGCACACCGGUGAAGCAAUCAAGCAUUCCCUUGGAGAGAGCCACCCUGUUCGGCUUGUGCGCUACGACCCGGACUACCUAGACGAGUCGGUGCUGUGGACAGAGAGCGAGGACGUCGGCGACGGCUUCCGCUGCGUCCGCAUGGUGAACAACAUCCACCUCAACUUUGACGCCCUCGACGCUGGCGAGGGUCAGGGCGGCGUGCACGACGGCACGGCUAUCGUCCUGUGGGAGUGGUGUGAAGGAGAGAACCAACGCUGGAAGAUCCUUCCUUGGUGUGAGUAAAUAUGCAUGGAAGUCGGCCACGGCCAUGGGCCGCUUCAUUAUCCGCCACCGUUGUGUUUCUCGGUAGUCCCACAGGAUUUUUCCAUGGUUGCUGAAACAGCCCUGUCUAAGUUAGUGUGUUUUUUCAUGUGGUGGAUCACUAGCUAGGAACGUCUAUUUGCGUGUGUGCGUUGAUUAAUCUGUAUCUUGUGUAUCCAACAAGUAAUAAUUAAUCUUCUUAAAAAAAAUCUUCUUCCCUUUUGGUGUCAAGGACACAAAAUUAAAUCGCACACAAAAUAGCCACCAUAGCUGCACUAUAACUGCCUCGGGACUGGGAGCCUGGCCAUGACGCUAGGGACGAUGCGAAAUCCUCCACAAAUCCCUAAACAGCUCCAAAAUUAGCACACUCAAAAAACUCUAG